AUGGCACCCAGCGUGCGCUCCGGGACGGUGCCCAGGUCCCCGGCGCUCCUGCUGCGGCUCCUACUGCUGCUCCCGGCUGCUGCGCCCGCGGCGGCCAAGGGCCAGUGCUUCUGCCAGGGAGCCAAAGGGGACAAGGGGGAGAAAGGUUUUCCUGGACCCCCUGGUUCUCCUGGCCAGAAAGGAUUCCCAGGUCCUGAAGGCUUGCCCGGACCCCAGGGAUUCAAGGGCUCUCCAGGACUCCCAGGACUCACUGGUCCCAAAGGUGUGAGGGGAGUAACUGGAUUACCAGGAUUUUCAGGUCCUCCUGGACUUCCAGGCGCCCCGGGCAGUGCUGGGCCUUAUGGACUUGUUGGUGUUCCAGGAUGCAACGGCUCUAAGGGUGAGCAAGGCUUCCCAGGACUUCCAGGUACACCAGGCUACCCAGGGGUCCCGGGUGCUGCUGGCCUGAAAGGACAAAAGGGCGCUCCUGCCAAAGGAGAAGACAUAGAACUUGGUGGGAAAGGGGACCCUGGGUUGCCAGGAAUGCCAGGAUUUCAGGGUUUCCCAGGCCCUGCAGGUUUUCCUGGGCCUGUUGGCCCACCUGGCCCUCCAGGAGUCUUUGGUCUUCCCGGAGUCACAGGACCUAGAGGACCUAAGGGUCACAUGGGUGAUAAUGUGAUAGGACAAAAAGGAGAUCAGGGUGUGAAAGGAUUAACAGGACCCCCAGGACCACCAGGAACAGUUAUUGUGACGUUGACGGGCCCGGAUAACAGAACGGACCUCAAGGGUGAGAAGGGAGACAAGGGAGCGAUGGGAGAAGCUGGACCUCCUGGACCCUCGGGACCACCUGGAGAAUCCUACGGCUCUGAGAAGGGUGCUCCUGGAGAACCUGGCUCACAGGGAAAACCUGGGAAGGAUGGAGCCCCUGGCUUCCCUGGCACUGAGGGAGCCAAGGGCAACAGGGGCUUCCCUGGGUUAACAGGAGAAGUUGGCAUUAAGGGAUGGAAAGGAGAUAUUGGCCCCCCAGGAUUUCGUGGUCCAACAGAAUAUUAUGACACAUACCAGCAAAAGGGAGAUCAAGGAAUUCCAGGUCCACCAGGGCCCAAAGGAGCUCGUGGCCCACAGGGUCCUAUUGGUCCCCCUGGAGCUCCUGGCAGUCCUGGACCAUCAAGGCCUGGCCUCAGAGGAGCUCCUGGAUGGCCGGGCUUGCAAGGAAGAAAAGGAGAGCGAGGACCCCCAGGGAAGGAUGCAGUGGGGCUUCCUGGGGCCCCAGGCUGUCCUGGUUCACCAGGCCUUUUAGGGCCACCAGGAUCUCCAGGACCACCAGGUGACGUCAUUUUUCGCAUGGGUCCACCCGGGGACCGUGGGCUGCCAGGCCAUUUAGGGUUUCCAGGAAUUCCAGGAAUUGAUGGACCCAAAGGAGAACCAGGCCUGCUGUGCACACGGUGUCCAUGCACCCCCGGGGCCCCCGGCCUCCCAGGACGGCCCGGGUUAGAUGGUGUAAACGGAAUCCCAGGAGGACAAGGUGCAGCUGGCCCAAAAGGAAGCCCAGGGUCGCCAGGAAGCACAGGCCCUCCAGGAUUUCCAGGAUUCCCAGGAACACAGGGUGAUCCAGGACUUAAAGGAGGAAAGGGUGAAACGCCUGAGCCCCAGGGGCAAGCAGGCGCCCCAGGGGAUCCGGGUCUCAGAGGGCCACCAGGGAGAAAGGGCUUGGCGGGGAUUCCAGGAACUCCAGGACUGAAAGGAUUACCAGGACCUAGAGGUGAACCGGCCCUGAGUGGUGAGAAGGGGGACCAGGGUCCUCCAGGGGAUCCUGGCUCCCCUGGGUCCCCAGGACCUGCAGGACCAGCUGGACCACCUGGCUAUGGACCUCAGGGAGAGCCUGGUCCAAAGGGCACCCAAGGAGUUCCUGGAGCCCCUGGACCACCUGGAGAAGCCGGUCCUAAGGGGGAACCCAGUGUUUCAACAGCAGUCCCAGGCCCUCCUGGACCUCCAGGGCCCCCUGGCCGUGCUGGCCCCCAAGGUCCACCUGGUGUCCCUGGACUGAGGGGCAGAUGUUCUGACCCUGGUCUUCCUGGACCUGAUGGUGAACCAGGGAUUCCAGGAAUUGGAUUUCCUGGGCCUCCUGGACCUAAAGGAGACCAAGGUUUUCCAGGGACAAAGGGUUCACCGGGGUGUCCUGGAGAAAUGGGAAAGCCAGGGAUACCUGGGGAGCCAGGCCUCCCAGGAGCCAAGGGAGAACCAGCUCUAGCCAUGCCUGGAGAACCAGGAAAACAAGGUUUUCCAGGAGAAAGAGGCAAUUCUGGGGAAUAUGGAGAAAUCGGACUCCCUGGACUUCCAGGUCUCCCUGGAAUUCCAGGAAAAGAAGGGCUUGAUGGACCACGAGGAGAUCCAGGGCAGCAUGGACCACCUGGAGAAACAGGAUUACCAGGAAGGUGCUUUCAGGGUCCCAGGGGAGCCCAGGGUCUUCCAGGCUUAAAUGGACUGAUGGGACAACCAGGCAGAAGAGGCGAAACAGGGCCAAAAGGAGACCCAGGGAUUCCAGGCCUGGAUAGACCAGGAUUUCCUGGGGAACCAGGACCACCUGGAAUGCCAGGUCAUGGAGGUGAAGUGGGACCGCCUGGUCCAAAAGGAUUUCCAGGGAAUCCAGGAUUCUCAGGGCCACCAGGUGAAAGGGGAAAGAUGGGGAUGAUGGGCUAUCCCGGAACCACAGGCCCUCCUGGGCCUCCCGGGAGUCCCGGCUAUCCUGGGCAGAGGGGCAGCCUUGGAAUCCGAGGAGUAAAGGGCCAGAGAGGUCCCCCAGGAGAUGAAGGGGAACAAGGAGACAAAGGAAAUCCUGCACCUUCACGAUUAAUUCAGGUUACGGGGGACAAAGGAGAACCAGGGCCUAAAGGACUUGCAGGAAAUCCAGGAGAGAAAGGAAACAGAGGCAUCCCAGGCUUACCCGGUCUAAAAGGUCUUGAAGGGCCCCCUGGACCACCAGGACCACCAGGUCCCAAAGGAGAUCUGGGAAUCACUGGGAGUCCUGGGGAGCCAGGGCCACGUGGUGAGCCAGGAACCAUGGGACACAUGGGUGUGCCAGGUUCUAAAGGAAAAAGGGGGACUUUUGGACUCCCAGGUCUGGCUGGAACACCAGGCCUGCCAGGUAUUACCGGUCUUCAAGGAGAUAAGGGAGAGCCAGGUUAUGCAGAAGGUACAAGGCCAGGACCACCAGGACCAAAGGGGGAUCCAGGACUGCCAGGUGACGUGGGGAAGAAAGGAGAAAGAGGGCCACCUGGCCCACCCGGACAUUCAGGACCUGCUGGACCUGCAGGAGUCCCCGGAAGUCCCGGAAGCCCUGGCCUUCCAGGAAUGCCGGGUCCUGAUGGUGAGAUGGGGUCUAAAGGAGUCAAAGGCUUCCCUGGACACCCAGGAAUAAAAGGCCCUCCAGGCCUUCCAGGAUUCCUAGGACCUCCUGGGCCAGUGGGUAUGAGAGGCAACCAAGGGCAUGAUGGAAUUCCUGGCCCACCUGGAGAAAAAGGAGAAACAGGUUUGCUGGGAGCCCAUCCAGGCCCAAGAGGGCACCCUGGUGCUAAAGGGGCCAAAGGAGACAGGGGAGCUCCCGGCUUGCCCGGCCUGCCUGGCGGGAAAGGGUCCAUGGGCGAUGCAGGGCCUCAAGGACCCACAGGCACAGCAGGACUCCCAGGGCCACCAGGCCUGCCUGGCGCAAUCAUCCCUGGCCAGAAAGGAAAUCGAGGCCCACCCGGCUCAAGGGGAAACCCAGGUGAACCUGGUCCCCCAGGACCUCCAGGGAGUCAGGUAACAGGCAUAAAAGGAGACAAAGGAUUUGUAGGCCACCCUGGUCCAAAAGGUCCACCUGGAACUAUAGGAGACAUGGGACCGCCAGGUCAUCCGGGAGUGCCUGGUGCCCCUGGUCUUCCAGGGCUCAGAGGUGAUCCUGGCUUCAGAGGAUUUCCAGGCAUGAGAGGAGAGAAGGGUAAUCCAGGAUACCCAGGACCAAUUGGACCACCAGGGCCAACUGGGCCAAAAGGACCACCUGGUGUACGUGGAGACCCUGGCAUCCUUAAGAUCAUCUCCCUCCCAGGAAGUCCGGGGCCACCUGGCCCACCUGGAGAACCAGGGAUGCAAGGAGAACCUGGCCCACCAGGGCCACCAGGAAGCCCAGGACCUUGUGGGCCAAAAGGGAAACCUGGCAAGGAUGGGAAACCAGGAAUUCCUGGACCAGCUGGAGAAAAAGGCAACAAAGGUUCUAAAGGAGAGCAAGGACCACCUGGGUCAGAAGGCUUGCCAGGUAUGAAGGGAAAGCCUGGAGACACUGGGCCACCUGCACCUGGAACAACAAUGAGAGGUUUUGUCUUCACCCGACACAGUCAGACAACAGCCAUUCCAUCCUGUCCAGAAGGGACAGAGCCCCUCUACAGUGGGUUUUCUCUUCUUUUUGUACAAGGAAAUGAACAAGCCCAUGGACAAGACCUUGGAACUCUUGGCAGCUGCCUUCAGAGAUUUACCACAAUGCCUUUCUUAUUCUGUAACAUCAAUGAUGUCUGUAAUUUUGCAUCUCGAAACGAUUAUUCAUACUGGCUGUCAACACCAGCUCUGAUGCCAAUGGACAUGGCUCCAAUUACUGGCAAGGCCCUCGAGCCUUACAUUAGCAGGUGCACCGUCUGUGAGGGUCCUGCGAUUGCCAUUGCCAUUCACAGUCAAAGCACUGAUGUUCCCCCCUGUCCCCAGGGCUGGAUUUCUCUCUGGAAAGGAUUUUCUUUCAUCAUGUUCACAAGUGCAGGUUCAGAGGGCGCUGGGCAAGCACUGGCAUCCCCUGGCUCCUGCUUGGAAGAAUUCCGAGCCAAUCCGUUUAUAGAAUGUCAUGGAAGAGGAACAUGCAACUACUAUUCAAAUUCCUACAGUUUCUGGCUGGCUUCAUUAAACCCACAAAGAAUGUUCAGAAAACCUAUUCCAUCUACUGUGAAAGCUGGGGAGUUAGAAAAAAUAAUAAGUCGCUGUCAGGUGUGCAUGAAGAAAAGACACUGAAGAACUCAAGAAAAUGGAUCUGCUACUUUUCAUCCUAAGUAACAAAGUAAUGACUCAGACCAGGCGUUUACUUAGGCAUUUUACUCUAACCAAACAAUACUGCUGUAUGACAAUUUCCAUUUGUUUCCCCAUUCAACAAAGCAUUUCUUUUAAGGUAGUUAUGUGAUCUUGGUCUCUAAAUUUGUGCUAUUCCAAUGUUCCCCAUGGCAAAGCAAGAACUUUCUACAAAACAGCCUGAAAGUAUAUUCCACUCAUAUCCAAGGCGCUGUCUAAAUAGAGUAUGUCUAAAAAUUGGAUGUUACAAGUUGAGAUAUUUGGCCCACUGAAUUCCCAACAUUUGUUCUCUUCUAUUCCAGUUUUUGAGAUUCAGUGAGGCUAAAUCAGUCACACACUGCUCCAUCUCUGCCUUCCUGGACCUUUAGACGUGCACAGAGAAGGAGAUGGGGGCAUGGGGACUACUGUGGCAUCAUGAUUGGAGCUGACUUUCAGACCUGUUGGGUACCGUGAGGCUUGAGGGAACACAGAAUUGAAUUGAGGUCCAUGCAUUUUCCCAGGCUCUUUCAAAUAUACCCAAGACAAGGGCAAAAGGGGGUUCCUUGUAUGGAACCACAAUAGCCUUAGAAAUACUAUGUUUUUUUAUUAUGUGUCUCUUUGAAGAUUUUUGUUGUUCAGUGGGUUCACUUCAUACAGUCUGCUUGUAUUCAAAGCAGAUGGAAAUCUUUAGCCCUAAGGAAUUAAUUUUAAUCAAUUUUUAUUACAGAUGUACUCCAAAAUUCACUUAGCUUUUCUCUUUUUGAAUACACCCAUACAAAUAACAAGGGCACUACUUAUUAGAUGUGCACUUUAUCUCCAUCCCUAUAAAUGUUACUGUAUCCCUUAUAUAAUUGACCACAGUAGUUCAAUAAUCCAUGAAUGAAUGUGCAAUAUGUUGGUUUAUCAGAUUCAGAACAUUUUUUCUCAACUCUAAAUAUUUCGUUACUCUGGGUUUUACAAAUUUAUUCCUUUGUUAGGGAUAAAAACUAG